UCAUAUUUUCCCGUUUUUGGAUCCGAUCCCAACUUACGAAAAUUUUCUCACCAAUUUUGAUUCAUCUCCGGCUACAACAAUGGCGCAGCAGCAACAACGUCCAAUCUCAAACCGUCCCAUUUCUUUUCUAAACCGCAACGGUCUCUUCCUCCUCCUUCUAGCUCUCCUGUUUCUUCUCGGUGUAUACUUACCUCUGUCUGAAGCUCCCUUAUUCCUGUUUCCAAACAGAACUUCACCAUCCUCUUCUCCUUCUCCUUCUUUUGUGGUGUCCGACUGGCGCGACUAUUCCCUUGCUCAAGCGGCCAAGUUUGUGGCUAAGAAUGGGACGGUGAUCGUCUGCUCAGUUAGUUAUCCUUUCUUGCCUUUUCUCAACAACUGGCUGAUUAGCAUUUCUAGACAGAAGCAUCAUGAAAAAGUUCUCGUGAUCGCUGAAGAUUAUGCUCUUCUGUACAAAGUUAACGAGAAGUGGCCUGGUCAUGCCGUUCUCAUUCCACCAGCGUUGGAUCCUAAAGCCGCACACCAUUUUGGUUCCCAGGGUUUCUACAAUCUUACUUCUCGGAGACCACAACAUCUCUUGGACAUUUUGGAGCUAGGUUACAAUGUUAUGUACAAUGAUGUUGAUAUGGUCUGGCUACAAGAUCCGUUUAAGUAUUUACAGGGAAGCCACGACGUAUACUUUAUGGAUGACAUGACUGCGAUUAAGCCUUUAAAUCACUCUCAUGGUUUACCACCGAGUCGAAACGGAGUGACUUAUGUAUGUAGCUGCAUGAUUUUCUUGCGUUGCACUAGUGGUGCAAAGCUUCUAUUGAAGAAAUGGGUGGAAGAAAUUCGAGCUCAACCUUGGUCUAACACUGAAGCAAAGAAACCACAUGAUCAACCUGCUUUUAAUCGGGCACUUCACAAAACAACUCAGAUAGAUGUCUACUUGCUUCCACAAUCAGCUUUCCCGUCAGGAGGAUUGUACUUCAAGAACCAGAAAUGGGUUAAUGAGACAAAGGGAAAACAUGUGAUAGUUCAUAAUAAUUACAUUGUCGGCUACAACAACAAGUUAAAACGCUUUCAAGAUUUUGGUCUGUGGCUAGUCGAUGAUCAUUCUCAUCAGUCACCACUGGGAAAAAUAGAGUUAGUCCAAGAGGAAAAUAAUGAAGAGAAGAAACAGAAGGAAAGAGGUUUAAACGGAAAUAUGAGUCAAAAACGGAACUUCCUCUAGAGGAUUUCUUAUAUACAACAAAAUUGGAUCUUAAAAUUAUUGCUCGAAGAUGUAUUCAGAUACAAUUUUUUUUUGCUAUGACAGUAAAUCAACACUAUAAUAUCACAAGCAUCUCUAGAUAGU